AUGGCCAUCUUGAAAACUUACCUUCUCGCCCCAAACUUCACAACUCACCUCGGUGCUAACGUUCAGCUCGGCUCCAUCAUCGCUAACCCGUUCCGUCCGAACAAGUGGAUAGGAGAGAUACCACUGCACAUCGAGACAGACACUCACGUCGAAUAUGACCGGUCAAUAUCGCCUGGAAUGUCAGCUUCCACGCACGUAAAUAUAUUCGCCAAGUUCCUCGAGACAGCAAGCGGAACCAUUGGCCUGCAGAAGGAAAAGAACAUCCUUGACCACUAUACAAUGGACACUCUGGAGACCAUCUCCUACAAACGCGAUAUCACUGACGACGAAGCUGCAGAGAUGGUCAGAGCCAACAGCAAGCUUCAAGAGGUCAUGAAGUCUGGCAUACUCGGUUCUGUCCCGGUCUACAUCGUCACCGGUCUGAAAGUUGCCAAGGGCUUCCAUCUGACAUCGGAGAUCACAAAGAGCAAGGGAGCGAACAUUGACGCAAAUAUCCCAGUCACCAACCAGGUUUCAGCUGGUGCUGACCUCAGCGUUUCACAAACCAAGACGCUCAGCGAGCAGUCCUCGACUGCCCAAGACAUUGUAUUUGCCUAUCAACUACAUGCAGUCGCGAACAGGGGCUAUUGGAAAAAGAGACGGGUUGACAUUGAUAUCUACGCUCCAAAAGCAGCUGCUCUUGGAAAAGACAAUCGCACGACGGAAGAUGCUGUUGCAGUUGUGGGGGCCACAACAGAAGAUAUCGAGGAAGCUCAAUUCGACUAUGGCGAUGUGGCUGUUACUGAGCACCAUGCAUACGAGGGCGAGAGAGAUUCACUGUGCAUCUGCAUUACCUUCAAGGAUCAGGCCUGA